UCUGUGUCUCUGCUCGCUCUGGCAGCGGCGGCAAAGAAGAAGCCGAAGAAGGGGAAGACGCUGACGCUCACGGAUUUCCUGGCGGAGGACGGGGGGGGCCCCACCUACAUCUCCAAAGCCGUGAGCUGGGCCGACGAGACCGACGACCUGGAAGUCUCCACCACGUGGCAUAGCAAUGAUGACGACGUUUACCGGGCACCUCCGAUUGACCGCUCCAUCCUUCCCACGGCCCCGCGCGCCGCCCGUGAGCCCAACAUCGACAGAAGCCGCCUUCCCAAAUCCCCCCCGUACACGGCAUUCCUGGGAAACCUGCCCUACGACGUCACGGAAGAGUCCAUCAAGGAUUUCUUCCGAGGGCUCAAUAUCAGCGCCGUGCGGCUCCCACGGGAACCCACCAAUCCCGAGAGGUUGAAAGGUUUCGGAUACGCGGAAUUCGAGGAUAUCGAUUCCCUCUUCCAGGCCCUGAGCCUCAGCGAAGAGUCUUUAGGAAACAGAAGGAUACGAGUGGAUGUGGCGGAUCAAGCUCAGGAUAAAGACCGGGACGAUCGCUGCUUCGGCAGAGACCGGGAUCGCUUCCGAGACUCGGAGCGGUUUGAGAGCGACUGGCGCGCGCGUCCGGCCGCUUCCGACGCCUUCGACGACUUCCCCCCGCGCCGGAGCGACGAUGGAUUCGGGGACAGAUAUCGGGAUCGCUAUGAUGACCGGUAUCGGGACGGGCCGCGGCGGGACAUGGACCGUGGCUUUGGCAGCCGGGAUCGCUACGAUGACCGCAGCAGGGAUUACGACCGAGGCUACGAUUCCCGAAUAGGCAGUGGCCGGAGAGCCUUUGGAAGCGGAUACCGCCGGGACGAUGACUACCGCGGCUACGAGGAUCGUUAUGACCGGCGGGAUGACCGGAUGGAUCGGUGGAAUUCCCGGGAUGAUUACGGCCGGGAUGAUUUCCGUCGCGAGGACAGAGGUCCCACCCAGAGGCCGAAGCUCCAACUGAAGCCCCGGAGCGCUCCCAAGGAAGAGGAAACCUCCGCAGCUCCUGCUGCCCARUCCAGCCGGGCUGCUUCCAUCUUCGGGGGCGCCAAGCCCGUGGAUACGGCGGCUCGGGAGCGGGAGGUGGAGGAGCGGCUCCAGAAGGAGCAGGAAAAGCUCCAGCGGCAGCUGGAGGACGACAAGAGGAUCGACAGACGGCCCCGGGAAAGGUGGGGAUGGUGCCUCGGGAAGGAAGGG